UAAUAAGAAAAUUUCAAUUAAUAGUUAAUACUGACGAUAAACACAUAGAACGCUGAGUAUUAACAUUUUACAAUCGACUACAUCAAAUUUGUUGAGCUCUCUUGUUUAUCUCUUCCCAGGCUAACGCAGCAACACUCAAAUCAAAUAAACUUAAUUGGCCAAAAUACGGAGUGUCCCUGGUAGUCAGUUAUCAUGGGUGAACCGGGAAAACAUAGAAUCUUAAUGGUCUCAGAUUUUUUCUACCCCAAUUUUGGUGGUGUGGAGAAUCAUAUAUACUAUCUAUCGCAAUGCUUGAUUAAGGAAGGCCACAAGGUGGUAGUUAUGACUCAUGCUUAUCAGAAUCGUUCUGGAGUAAGAUAUAUGACAAAUGGCCUGAAAGUUUAUUAUGUCCCAUGGAAGCCGUUUCUCAUGCAAAACACAUUGCCAACCUUCUUUGGAACACUUUCAAUUACGAGGACAAUUCUGAUUAGGGAAAAGAUAUCUCUGGUACAUGGACAUCAAGCCUUCUCAACCUUAUGUCAUGAAGCUCUAAUGCAUGCUCGUACCAUGGGUUACAAAGUUGUAUUCACCGAUCAUUCUCUCUAUGGGUUUUCAGAUGUUGGAAGUAUUCACAUGAAUAAGGUGCUACAGUUUACUCUAGCCGAUGUAACUCAGGCUAUAUGCGUUUCUCACACAAGCAAAGAGAAUACAGUUUUAAGGUCUGGUCUGCCGCCUGAAAAGGUUUAUGUUAUUCCAAAUGCUGUGGACACGGCCAUGUUUACGCCUGCUCCAGAGCGACUCAGCAGGGAUGAAAUUGUUAUUGUUGUGCUAAGUAGGUUAGUUUAUCGGAAAGGAGCAGAUUUACUCGUUGAAGUGAUCCCUGAAGUAUGCCGUUUGCAUCCCAAUGUUCGCUUCAUUGUUGGAGGAGAUGGACCCAAACGAGUGCGUCUGGAAGAAAUGAGGGAAAAACACUCUCUUCAAGACCGCGUUGAUAUGUUGGGGGCUGUCCCUCAUGCUAAAGUACAGUCUGUACUAAUAACUGGCCAUAUAUUUUUGAACAGUUCUCUAACAGAAGCAUUUUGCAUCGCUAUAUUGGAAGCUGCAAGUUGCGGAUUAUUAACAGUCAGUACACGUGUAGGAGGUGUUCCAGAGGUUCUUCCAGAUGAUAUGGUUGUUUUGGCUGCGCCAGAUCCUACAACUAUGGUUCAUGCAAUCACAAGGGCUAUAUAUAUGCUUCCUCAGAUCGAUCCACAAGAUAUGCACAAUCGUGUGAAAAAACUUUAUAGUUGGCCUGAUGUAGCCAGGAGGACAGAAAUUGUUUAUAACCGUGCUUUGAAAUGCUCCAAUCCACCUUUGCUAGAUCGAUUGUCAAGGUACCUUACUUGUGGCACUUGGGCCGGGAAAAUAUUUUGCAUAGUCAUGAUAGUAAAUUUUUUGCUCUGGCGUCUCUUGCAACUAUGGCAGCCUGACAAGGACAUUGAGGUGGUACCUGAUAUUCAACUUCCGAAGUCCCAACAUAAGGAGACACCAUUUGGUUCCAGGACAGAAGAAAACUUAUGAUUCCGGUGCUUUACCCACUGGUGCAGCUCAGGGUCAUUUACUAUUCAAACACAAUGUGGAAUUAGAAUUCAAACAAACAACAACAGGUUGCAUAGGAGAAAGUGGUUCAGAAUGGUUUGGAUCUGUGGUUUGAUUGCCACCAAGAAGGAUUUUUGGAGAUAUAGGAACCUAUGGUAUGUUCAAUUGGUUCUACUUAUUUGGCGCAGUAGCACCAGUUCUUGAUUUGUAGCAGCCAAGGCUUUCCCUAAACAAGAACAGCUCAAAUUCAUUAACAUGCCAGUGUUAAUAAAAGCCACUGGGGAUGAUGUCACCGGCCACGGCUCUGAACUACACAACCUGGAUCAUUGUAGGUUUCUUGUCAGGUUACGUUGCUUAUCGAUAUAUGCCAGUUUGUGCUGGUUUGGCAUUUAUAGGAGUUCUGUAUAUGUGUUUGGGCUUGGAGAACAUAGAUUUGCCCAGUUUAUCAGAUUGUGUUGUGAAGAAGAACCAAAAAUUUGCUUGUACUAAUUUUCAUGUGAGUUUGUGUUCAAACAUGCUACUUACUUUUAUUUCAAUUCAUAAUUCAGAAUCCUUGAUACCUA